AUGAACGGUGAUACCUACUCGUCUAGGGGUGCGGACUCCGGUCGGUCAAGAGACCACUACCGCGAUGAACGACGUGAACGCGGAGACCGAGGGGAGAGAAGACGGUCGAGAUCGCCGCAUUACGGAGCCAGAAGCUCCCGACGCGAAGCCGAAGCCGAUUCAUACUCUUCCAGCCGUGACUACCGUGCAAGGGAACGGGAGGAUCGCUACUCGAGCCGUCGGGACGAUCGGGAGUAUGAUCGGGAAAGAGGUGACCGAGGUGACCGGGGUGAUCGAGGCGACCGGGGCGACCGGGGCGACCGGGGCGACCGGGGCGAUCGCCGACGCAGAGACUAUGACGAGCGACCAUCGCGUCGAGAGAGAGACAGAGAUUUGUUCGAGGAUCGGCCCCGAAGAGAGCGCGGCGACCGGGAGCGCGGCGGCGGCGGCGGCGGCGGCGGAGGAGGAGAAAGGAGAGACCGAAAGAGGAGUCCGUCUCCUUCGCGCAAGAGGGAGCCGACGCCCGACUUGACCGAUGUGCAGUCGGUAUUGACGCGAAAGCGCCGCCUCACGCAGUGGGACAUCAAGCCCCCUGGAUACGAAAAUGUCACCGCGGAGCAGGCGAAGCUAUCAGGCAUGUUCCCCCUCCCCGGAGCUCCUCGACAACAGCCGAUGGACCCCAGCCGCCUUCAGGCUUUCAUGAACCAGCCUGGUGGUGGCACCGCAGAUACCUCAGCCCUCAAGCCGUCCAACUCCCGACAGUCCAAACGCCUCUUCGUGUACAACCUACCUCCGAGCGCGACUUCGGAAUCCUUGGUCUCUUUCUUCAACCUUCAACUCAACGGGCUCAAUGUCAUCCAAAGCAUCGACCCGUGCAUUUCUGCCCAGGUCUCAGACGACCACACCUAUGCACUGCUUGAAUUCAAGUCGCCCAGCGACACUACUAUAGCGCUUGCAUUCGAUGGGAUUACCAUGGGAGAGCAGGAGAGUAACGGGGCAAACGGGGCAGCCCAGGGUUUGGAAGUGCGACGUCCCAAGGACUACAUCGUCCCCAACCUUGCUGAGCAGGAGCUCGAGGGAGGAUCUUUGAUGAAGGAUGUUCCAGAUUCACCCAAUAAGAUCUGUGUCUCGAAUAUUCCGCAGUACAUCCCAGAAGAGCCGGUCACAAUGCUGCUCAAGUCCUUCGGCGAGCUGAAGUCCUUUGUUCUGGUCAAAGACUCUUCGACUGAGGAGUCCCGGGGUAUCGCGUUCUGCGAAUACGCCGAUCCUAACACUACCACCAUCGCUGUUCAGGGUCUCAACGGCAUGGAGCUGGGAGACCGACAUCUCAAGGUUGUCCGAGCCAGUAUUGGAAUGACUCAGGCAGCUGGGUUGGACAUGGGAGUCAACGCGAUGUCUAUGUUCGCCAAGACGACUUCCCAGGAUCUCGAGACCAGCCGGGUGCUGCAGCUGCUGAACAUGGUAACGCCGGAGGAGCUCAUGGACGGCGAGGAUUACGAGGAAAUUUGCGACGACGUGCGCGAGGAGUGUUCCAAGUUUGGUCCUGUCCUUGAACUGAAGAUCCCCCGUCCCUCAGGCGGUAGCCGACAGUCCCCCGGUGUGGGCAAGAUCUUCGUCAAGUUCGAGACUGUUGAAGCAACAACAGCGGCUCUGAAAUCGCUCGCGGGCAGAAAGUUCUCUGACAGAACUGUCGUCACGACGUAUUUCUCCGAGGAAAACUUCGACGUCAACGCCUGGUAG